AUGCGCGUCUCAAGCGUCGUUGCCGUCGCCCUGUGCUGCGCUGCCUGUGGUUUAUCGCCUGCUGCAGCGUUCUCGACACGCGCCUCAAGUACGGCACUGGAAUCCUUUGCUCCGCUGCAUCACCGCACGCCUGCAGCGAGCGUACAACGCUAUCGGACCUUCGCAAGGGGCCUGGGCGAGGAAGACGGUGUGGACGUGGACACCGACGUGCUCACCGGCCCUCGCAUUGACCGUGAUGGCCGCAUUAUAAACAAGAAGAAGAAGUUGUAUUCUUACGGCGCGCUGGAGCACGUGGACGACUUUUUCGUGGGCAAAUACUAUGUAGAAUGGACCGUUCGUGGCGUGCGUGAGAAGCUGCGCUUCCGUCGCCGCGAAACUGGAUCGCCUCCGCUGCGUACCAGCCGGUUCAGGUUUGCAGGCAUCGGAGGCUUCAUCCUGCGGCUCUGGCUGGACGGUCUGCCGUCCUCCAAGCCGGGCCACAUCGCAUUGUCGUUUUUGCAGCAGGAACACUGGACAACAUUGGACAGUCCCCUAAGCAUUUCGGUGGGCAAGUUCACCAGGGGCCCCUUCUUCUUCAGGUCAACCCCCUAUUUCGCGGCCCUGAAGUCAUUUUGCCCUCUAGAAGAAGCAAUCGACAACAACACCCUUCGCAUUAGAGUCGGGUUGGCAUCUCGUUGA